AUGGCGCGCGGCGGUGAUAGUAUUCAAUUCACCCUCGAGACUGACCCUAAGCCGCAUAAUCCUGAAAACCUAAUUAAGGCUUUCGAAGAAAUCGGCGUAGAUACGGACGCAACGACACCGGUACAUGGCUCAGCCACGGCAUGGUUUGCUCAUCUCGACCUACUUAAAUACGUCAUUACCUUAAACCUAGAAACCGCAUUUAUUGUGGAAGACGACGUUAACUGGGAUAUGAGAAUUAAAUAG